ACAUCCCUGCUUUUCUCGAGGGUUACAUUACAUUACACCGCCUGGCAGGAACUGGGCGGUACCGCUUUAACACGCCGUGCGCGCUCCCGCGGACGUCAAACGGCUUGUGGCUGACGCUGGUGUUUGGUCCACGACGGCACCGACGUGACUGACAGGCUGGUUCCUCACUCGCUCAAGCAGUUGCCUUCCUCCAGUCUGCAGGAAGCAUCUGAUGAGUGCUGUCACAAACAACCAGCUGAUGGGGUCCACUUUCAAAUGAAAAUAGUCCAACACCCACCUCCAAUGAAGCUGACUGCGUGACGGGCUAAAUGCUAGAAGACCCGAUUACAAGACAUCACUGAAGACUUUUUUUUUUGCAAGUUGUCUUUAUCGAACUUUUGUUUUGACCGAGAGGAACCAUGGGGGCCACAGGUUACGGCUACUAUCGUGGGACGAUCUUCUUCUGCAUGUUCAUCGGCUACAUGCUGUAUUUCUUCAACAGAAAGACGUUCUCCUUUGUCAUGCCCUCGGUGAUGGACGAAAUUAGGCUGGACAAAGAUGACUUGGGUCUGAUCACCAGCAGCCAGACCAUGGCCUACGCCAUCAGUAAAUUCAUCAGCGGUGUGUUGUCGGACCAGAUUAGUGCCCGCUGGCUUUUCUCCAUCGGCCUCUUUGUGGUGGGAGGCAUCAACGUGGUCUUCUCCUGGUCUUCGACUGUGACUAUGUUCUCUGUGCUCUGGUUUGUUAAUGGCCUGGGACAAGGCUGUGGCUGGCCGCCAUGUGGGAAGGUUCUACGUAAGUGGUUUGAGCCGUCCCAGUUUGGAACAUGGUGGUCUGUACUGUCCUGCAGCAUGAACCUGGCAGGGAGUCUGGGCCCGAUCUUGGUCACAGUGCUGCUGCACUACUAUGACUGGAGGAGCAUCCUAACAAUGUCAGGCGUCUUCUGUGCUGCCUUCUCAUUUGUGACCCUGAUGUUGGUGAAGAAUGAGCCAAAGGAUGUGGGCCUGCCCAGUGUUACGGUGGCAGCCAAGAAGGGGGCGAAGGGACCAGGCAACAGUGAGAGCACCCUGAGUGAGUUCCUCCUCUCGCCUUUCCUUUGGGUGCUGUCUCUGGGCUACCUGGUGGUGUUUGGGGUGAAGACAGCUGCAACCGACUGGGGGCAGCUGUUCCUCAUGCAGGAGAAAGGCCAGACUGCUCUCAUGGGCAGUACUUACAUGAGUGCCUUGGAGGUGGGUGGAUUCGUGGGCAGCCUUGCUUCCGGCUUCAUCUCUGACAGAGCAGUUGCUCGACAUGGCCUGGGCACACAUGGCAACCCUCGCCACGGCCUGCUGAUUGUCAUGAUGGCUGGUAUGUACGUCUCCAUGUACCUCUUCAGGGUCACCAUCACACCUGAAAUCCCAAAGGAGGCUCCUCUUUGGGUUCAGGUCCUCCAUCCAGUGUCUGUGCUCAUCGGUGUCUCCGAAAGAGAGAUCUGGAUCCUCUUUCUCGGUGCUAUGUUCGGAUUUUCCUCCUAUGGACCGAUCGCUCUGUUUGGUGUGAUUGCAAGUGAAAGUGCCCCCUCCAACUUUUGCGGAACCUCCCAUGCUAUCGUGGCUCUCAUGGCUAACGUGGGGGCUUUUGUAGCAGGCCUUCCCUUCAGCACUGUUGCCAAACAACACAGCUGGGACAUGGCGUUCUGGGUCGCUGAGGUCUUCAUGGCCGUCACCACCGUAUUGUUCUUCCUCGUUCGCAACAUGCGCACCAAGAUGGGAAGAAGAGAGAAGAUGGACUAAUGUACACUCUUGGUUCUCUUGUGUUAACGGUGCUGCGUACUUAAUCAUGCACAUUACCGCCACACAAAUCCGCAUGGAACUCAGGGUCGAUUUGUUCAAUGGCUUAAAACGCACCAUAUGGACAAAAUUAAUGUAUUUUGUAAGUUUACUCCCUUACACAAAUGUCAGUAUAAGUCAUAAGUAUUAGAUCGCGAUGCAAUUGGCGGCUUGGUGCGCACACAAACACACACACACACAGCGGACUCUCUCUGUUUUAAUACUUCCACAGAUUUCUAAAAGCAGUACUUGUCAAAAUGCCAAAUAAAAGCUGGGUGCCAAAAACAAAAAAAAAAGACGGUCAGUGCUGACUUUGACGUGAUUCUCCAUUUUGAACGUUUACUGACGAGUCUGUAUAUUCUAGACCAGGGAUUCUCAACUGGUCGGUCGCGCACACGUUUUCAGCAGGUCAUAGACAUCUAGUCAAAACUGGCGUGAAAGCAGGGGAUGUCCAUACUUUUCCAGGCGAGGGCCACAUACAGCACCAUGAAAGGAUGCAAUGGGCCACUUUAAUAUUUUGUAAAGCAACACAUGUAGAUAUGCUAAGAAGUUAUAUAGUUCAGCAAAAAACUACACCUCAGCUUUGUGAUACACGUGAGAAAAAACUUCUGUUUUUGCCCAUUUUUGCUGCUGCUGGGUUUUUUUUUCAAAAAUAUUUCAACUUGUCAAGUCUUUGUAAAUGUUGUUCUCGUAAUAUUAUGGCUUUAGUGCUACAGUGUAUAGUUUCCUCAACCUAAUUUUUAAAAAAAUUAUUACUUAAAAAAAACAAACAUUUUUUUCUUUAAUAUUUCAGCUAAAAUGACAUUUUCUCGAAAAUUGCGACUUUUUUUCUUGUUAGAAUACAACUUUUUUUCUCUUAAAAUUUUGACUUGUAAAAUUAAAACUGUUUUUUUCAUUUCUGCAUUUUUUUUCAAAAUAUUGCAACUUUUUUCUUGUAAAUUUUAUUAUGACUUUAUUCCCUAAUUUUUGCAAAAUUACAACUGUAUUUGUUGUUUUGUUUAUAAUUGUAUAUUACAACUUUAAACAAAAAUAAAUGUCUUUAAUAUUUAAAAUUUAUGCUACCAACAUGACAUUGUUCUUGUAAAAUUCAAACUUUUUUCUCUUCAUAUUUUGAUGUUAUUCUUGUAAAGUUACUGCUGAGUUUUUCCAUUUUUGCUGUUUUAAAAAAAAAUUCUUGUUAAAUUAUAUUUGCAGAAUGUGCCACGGGCCAAUAAAAAACGUAAUAAAACAGCCCCGGGCCCCACUUUGGACACGCCUGCAUGAAAGUAUUCCAAGUACAUUAAUAAUAAAAUACAAAAUAAAAAUGAGUACAUAAAUAUAAAUAAAAGGAACAAAUAAAAAACAAAUACAUCGUCACACGGUGGCUCGGUAGUAAGGUAAGCAGAUGGACAGGUGCCAGGGGGCGAAAUUUUAAAAUUAUUUAAAAAAAUGAAAACGUAAAAAAUUGAAAAAUCUGCAGUAAUUUUACAAGAAUAAAGCCAAAAAUAUUAAGAGAAAAAAUUUUAUUUUAUGAGAAUAAAGAAAAUAUAAGGACAAAUAUUUUAGUAGCUUAAAGUUGAAAUAUUAAAAAGGUUAUUUUUUAAGUUGUAAUAUAAACAUAUUGAAAUAAAGUUACAUUUUUGGAUAAUUAGGUUGCGGAACAAGUUAUGUGAAGAGAAUAAAGUCAUAAUAUUAUGAAAAGAAAAUGUACUUAUUUAACAAGAAAAUUGAAAUAUUUUGGGGGGGGGAACAGCAACAUGGGGAAAAAGGACAAACGGUGGAAAACAUUUGCACACCCCAGCUGUGUAGCGCUGCACAUAAAAAUCAAGGAAAAAAAUAUCUCGAUUCACACUAACGUGCAAUCUAAUUAAAUGUUUUACACUAUUUAUUUCUUUACUGGAAGAGCUGCAUUGCAAACACUGCCAUUUUACUCAAGGACUCAUGCGGCCCUUCCCCUAUGAGCCUCGCUAGUGCCCAUUACAUGCAUGAAUGUACGGUGGAGUGAGCGAGCGUGCCGUGUUUUGGACUUGAUAGAUUAUUUUCAGCCCGAGACCUCCAAUGAAGAACAGCAGAGACCACUGGAAGUUUCUUUAAAGCAGAAUGAGAAUGAGGAGUAAAAUAAUAAUCAAAAUAAAUAAAACAUGGUGACUUUACAACGUAAGCACAUGGCCCUGAACAUGAUGUGAAAAAAUUAAGCACACAAAAAUUGUGAUGAACAUUUUUUGCACAACUUCUACACUACUAUUUGUAUGUGUAGCCCAUCAUUUCACUGACACUCAAAACUACAAAUUAAUGUCCAGAGUUAACUUCCUUCUCAGAAGAAAAACAGCAUAACGACUACCAACCGAGUUUUAUUGGUCCAUUGAUAACAAUCAUGACACAAUUACAUCUAUAAACAAAUAAAAAUAAACUGCACACUUGCACGGACACCUAAACCUCGUGAGUAUUGCUACUGCUGGUAUGCAUUUGACAUGUCAAAUAAAUGUACAGUUUGUCUGCUGGCAUUUAAGAGACUACUUUUGUUUUGAUGUUACUAUUACUAGAGCUAGGCUAACAAAAUAAAAUUAAAAGAUUCCAUGUUUGCCAUUCAUACAAUGUACCAUUACACACUGCAUACAGAGGAGUUGAAAACCCUUUUCACAGCGGCUAUACAAAUUUACUGGGACACAACCAACACACAAGAUACACCGUUUGGAUAGGGAGGGCUCCACUACUUGGGAUUUUAGAUUUAUUGAUCCAAUUUCAUGAGAAAACUGCAUGAUUACAAGAGCCUGCAAACAUUCUAAAACACUGUUCUUCUUUAUAAACAACAAAACAAUGGCUGACCCCCACACCCCCCACCCAACCCCAAGCACAGAUUACAUACUGUCCCUUUAAAGCAUAUGGAAUGUAAUCCAUGCAGGUAAACUCAUUCACUUGUCAACCCAGCUCCUGUGAACUUGCUUGUGUGUUGACACCCUAACCUGUCCCGCAC